UGUGAUUUCUCGUAUGCGACCCCCUCAACAUGGUGGAAUAUUCACGAUCCAGUUCCGACCUAUUCUCCACCCCAAGAUCACCACAUUGAUUCCUUCCGGUGUCCAGAGCUCAUCAAGAUCGUUGAUACCACUCUCGACAGUCUCAGUCCCACCCUUAGGCGCCUUAGCUUGAAAAUUCAUGGCAAGUAUCUAUAUGAUCAUCCAGAAAUUGGUUUCGAAGAACGAUAUGCCCACGAUCUUCUGUCCGCCUACAUGGAAAAUCACGGUUUUCAGGUCACCAGACAAUACCUGGGACUAGAUACUGCCUGGCGUGCCGAGUACACACACGGAAAAGGCGGUAGCACUCUCGGCAUAAAUUCUGAAAUGGACGGCCUCAGCGGUAUCGGCCAUGCUUGCGGUCACAAUCUUAUCGCUAUCAGCGGCUGCGGCGUCGCUAUUGCUGUAAAGGCUGCCCUGAAAGCACUGGACAUCCCAGGAAAGAUUAUACUUCUCGGUACGCCCUCCGAAGAACGCGUGGGGGGCAAGAUCAUCCUGCUGGAGCGUGGUGCAUAUAAAGACAUGGAUCUUUGCGUCAUGUGUCAUCCGGGUCCCGGACCUUCCAACUCGGCUAAUCUUGGCUCGACGACAGCGAUGCAAGAGGCAGAAGUGGAAUAUUUUGGGCAAACGCAAGCACCCGCGCACGCGGCAGCUGCCCCAUGGGAAGGAACCAAUGCUCUCGACGCCGCUUUCUUGGCAUACUCGAGCAUCUCCGUCCUUCGACAGCAGAUAAAACCUGACCAUCGUAUUCACGGCAUCCUAGGUGGAAAGAAUUGGUCUGCGAAUGUCAUACCUGACUACGCCCAUAUGACUUGGAUCAUCCGCGCACCGACUCAUGGGGAAACAGGUGAAUUCGCUGAGCGUGUCAAGGCUUGUUUUGAAGCAGCUGCCCUAGCAACAGCAUGCAAAGUCAACAUAAAGUUUGCGAGUCCAUAUUACGAGCUCCUUCAGAAUAGCACUCACCUCGGUCAUCUGAUUGUCACAGGAAAAGAAUUCGCCGACAAGGUCGGGAGGAACUAUGGUAUGGUAUCAUCAAACGGAGAUGGAUCAUCAGCCUCGACAGACUUUGGCAAUGUGUCAUUCGCCAUUCCCGCACUUCACCCAUGUUAUGCUAUUCCGACUGAGCCCAAAGGGGGUAAUCACACACCUGCAUUCACCAAAGCUGCGGCAACUAUGGAAGCCCAUGAAGCUACGAUGACAGUAACCAAAGGUCUUGCUCUCACAGGACUUCGGGCGUUACAGGAUAAAGUUUUCCUCAAAGCUGUGAGUGGUAUCUGUCUCACUGGAAAACGUCGCUGA